GCGCAAUGCCAUCCGGGAAUCCGUAGUUUGACGUUGUGGACAUUUUUUCAUCCAAACACCAUCGGCAUUUGUUUUGUCAUCGUCCUCGGCUAGAUUUUUUUUCUCCCACAAAUAAAAAUCUGCUCGACAGAUUGUCGAAGACCACGAACAGCACCAUGGCCUCCAAAAUAAACGAAGCCCACGAACACAUCGCUAAAGCGGAGAAAAAUUUAAAGACCAGCAUGACAAAGUGGAAGCCAGAUUUCGACAGUGCUGCGUCAGAAUACGCCAAAGCUGCGGUGUGCUUCAAGAAUGCCAAACAGUUUGAGCAAGCCAAGGAUGCCUACCUGAAGGAGGCGGAGUACCACACAGAAAAUAAAGCGUUGUUUCACGCAGCAAAAGCAAUCGAGCAAGCAGGUAUGAUGAUGAAGGACUUGAAGAAGAUGCCUGAGGCGAUCCAGUACAUAGAGAAGGCCAGUAUGAUGUACGUAGAGAACGGAACUCCAGACACUGCUGCCAUGGCGCUGGACAGGGCCGGGAAACUGAUCGAGCCUAUGAGUUUAGAGAAAGCAGUGGACCUGUACCAGCAGGCUGCCGGUGUGUUUGAGAAUGAGGACCGCCUGCGUCAGUCAGCGGAGCUCCUGGGGAAAGCUUCCAGACUGCUGGUCAGAUUACGCAGACUGGAUGAAGCUGCAACCGCCCUCCAGAAAGAGAAGAACAUGUAUAAAGAUAUAGAGAAUUAUCCCACUUGCUUUAAGAAAACAACGGCACAGGUGCUGGUUCAUCUUCACAGAAAUGACUUUGUGGCUGCAGACAAGUGUGUCAGAGAGAGCUACAGCCUCCCAGGGUACAGUGGGAGUGAAGACUGUGUGGCCAUGGAGACGUUACUGCAGGGGUAUGACGAGCAGGACGAGGACCAGGUGCACCGUGUGUGUAACUCCGCUCUGCUGAAGUACAUGGACAAUGACUAUGCCAAGCUGGCCAUCUCCCUGAAGGUCCCCGGAGGAGGAGUGAAGAAGAAGAAGUCUGCAACGGCAACACAGGGGGGCGCCGGAGCGCCUGCUGCUUCUGCUGAGGACGACGAUGACUACGAGGGAGGGCUGUGUUAGCCGCAGACACCAAAACGCUGACCGCUAAAUACACCCAACGCUAAACACACCAGUAGGGCCUGCUCAUUGAGGUGAAACUCUCAGAAUAUGUUGCUCCCCCCUCUACUAGUCCCAAUAUGUUGCUCCCCCCUGUACUAGACCCAAUAUGUUGCUCCCCCUCUACUAGACCCAAUAUGUUGCUCCCCCCUGUACUAGACCCAAUAUGUUGCUCCCCCCUGUACUAGACCCAAUAUGUUGCUCCCCCUCUACUAGACCCAAUAUGUUGCUCCCCCCUCUACUAGACCCAAUAUGUUGCUCCCCCCUGUACUAGACCCAAUAUGUUUCUCCCCCCUGUACUAGACCCAAUAUGUUGCUCCCCCCUCUACUAGACCCAAUAUGUUGCUCCCCCCUCUACUAGACCCAAUAUGUUGCUCCCCCCUCUACUAGACCCAAUAUGUUGCUCCCCCCUCUACUAGUCCCAAUAUGUUGCUCCCCCUGUACUAGACCCAAUAUGUUGCUCCCCCUGUACUAGACCCAAUAUGUUGCUCCCCCUCUACUAGACCCAAUAUGUUGCUCCCCCUCUACUAGACCCAAUAUGUUG